AUGAGCGUGCUCUCAUUGGAGCCGCUAAUUCGACGAAUCUUCGAAGCCUGGGGGCCAAUCGCCUACAGGUUCCGAUGGGCGUUAUUUAUUUUUCCAUUCAUUCUUACCGUCUGUCUUUCGCUAGGCUUUCUAAAAAUGAACACCCUUCGAGUUGAUGAUCCAUCCUACGUUUUCACCCCAUCUGAUGCACGGUGGCGUCGUGAACUGAGGAUUUUCUCAGAGAACUGGCCUUUGAACGAGAACAAAUUUUUACCGGGAAAGUCAUUCGAGACAAAGCGCUUUAUUAAUGUUUUAAUCCGAGCUCGAGAUGGUGGCUCAAUAUUGAGAGAGGAAGUGCUAAAAGAAAUUCAAGUUUUGAAUCAGUGGAUCUCCAACAACAUCAGCGUUUCCACCGAUGAUGGACGAUUCAAUCUCACCUAUCAGGAUCUAUGUCUCAGCUACGAUUGGGUUUGUGGUGGUAACGAACACAUCGACAUGUUUCUUCAACGAAACAAAGUUGGACAAUUUAUCGAUCUCUCAUAUCCAAGAGGAGGAAAUAAGGAUACUCCCGUCUAUCUCGGGACCGUGCUUGGAGAAGUGGAGCUCUUCAAAGAGAACGACACUGUGAAAAGUGCAAAAGUUACUCAACUCUUCUAUUUUCUUAAACAGGAGCAGUCAAUUGUUCGACGUUACUCGUCCGAUUUUUCCUAUGCUGUUGAGCGAUUUUUUCUCAACUUCUACAAAUCUAGCAUCAUUUCGGUCUCGUUUGCCCAUUAUCAGUCAUUACAGGAUGGUCUAGGGGAAAACGCUGAGCGUUUCGCUCCGAAUUUCUUUGUGAGCUUCACUACUCUGUCUAUUUACGCCUUAGUAUGUGCAUUUUGCUUGAAACGGAAGCCAAAGAAAGGUAUAGACUGGAUCCGAAGCAAACCGUGGUUGGCAUGCGCAGGUCUUGCUACCACUUUGAUGGCUAUUGUAUGUGGUUUCGGCAGUUUAAUGAUGUUGGGAGUGAGCUACAAUGUCAUUAAUACGAUUAUUCCAUUUCUUAUAAUAGCGAUCGGAAUUGACGACAUGUUCAUAAUGAAUGCUUGUUGGGAACAGUCAGAUGAACAUCAACCGGUACCAGUCCGAAUGUCUCAGACGUUGUCGCAUGCCGGUGUUGCCGUCACAAUCACCAACAUCACAGAUAUUAUGUCGUUCGCCAUAGGUUGUAUUACCGAUCUUCCUGGCAUUCAACUAUUCUGCCUUUAUGCUUGCGUGUCAGUCGCCUUCUGUUAUUUUUUUCAAAUCACAUUCUUUUGUGGUUUAAUGGCAAUCUGUGGAGAUUUGGAACGUCAAAAGAGGCAUUGUAUAUUCUUCUAUAGAACUAUUGGCUCUAUCAGUAUCGCAGAUUUGAGUCAGACUCACAAAGAACAGAGUGUUUUCCCGGCGAACCUGAGCAAAAUCCUUCGGGAUAGUAGUCAUUUUAGAACGUCAUUACAGGAAAUUAAUGGAAUCGUGAAGUGGUUCGGAGAAGUCUAUGGUCCAUUCAUUAUGGCAAAUUCCAUACGCAGUAUAGCUUCAAUAAUUUUUCUAAUUUAUAUUAUUGGUGCCUACUACGGAUGUGUUAAUUUUCGUGAAGGUUUAAAUCCAGGAAAUCUCGUGACCAAAGAUCAUUAUAUUUCAAACUAUUUCGAGGAUAUAAAAUCAUUUUGGAAAUCAGGACCUCAGCUCCACGUUGCAAUACUUAAUGCUCCAGACUUAAUCAAUUCGAAAACGAGGGAACAAAUUUUUUCAACAGUUACUGCUUUUGAAAACACGGAAUAUACCCUUGGGCGAGAAGGUACCGUGUUCUUUCUUCUCGAAUACUUAAAUUAUCUUGAUCAGCUAAAUGUAGAGCUAGAAGACACACCUAAAUUAUGGCAUCACAAACUGCGAUCAUGGUUGAAGUAUACGGGAGGUGCAUCACAGUGGGCUAGCGACAUCAAUAUUAAUGAGACCACCAAAACCAUUCAAUCCUUUCGAUUCAGUAUCGCAAUGAAAAACAUUGUUGAGCCAAACAACCACAAAUUGGCCGCAAAACUAAUGAGAACGAUUGCUGACGCUCAGCCAUUCCACGUCGAGGUUUAUUAUGAGGCGUUUCCCUUCGCCGAUCAGUAUCUAAUCAUUCUCCCUGCUAUGUUGUUCAAUGUGGUGAUAUCUCUUUUGUGUAUGAUCCUCGUAUCGCUUCUACUGGUGCCCAGUUUGCCUGCAGGUCAAGCAAGUUUCGAUAACUAG